AUGGCUAAGAUCUACUACGCCUCGAGGACAGCGCCUGUGAACAUUGCUACCCUUAAAUACUGGGGGAAAAGAGACAAGGACCUGAACCUCCCAACAAAUUCGUCUAUCAGUGUUACCUUGUCGCAAAAAGAUCUGAGAACGCUCACCACUGCCUCGUGUUCUGAAGUUUUCGAAAAAGACGAAUUAUGGCUAAAUGGCCAAUCACACUCUCUGGACACCCCUAGAACCCAGCAGUGUCUAUCGGAUCUCAGGAAAUACAGAGAAGAACUCGAGGCUCGGGACGAAUCUCUUCCCAAACUUAGCAAAAUGCACCUGCACAUUGUUAGCGAGAACAACUUUCCGACUGCCGCAGGUCUAGCAUCCUCUGCAGCUGGAUUUGCAGCACUGAUCUCCGCUAUUGCAAAACUCUACGAGCUCCCUCAGACAGCCUCUGACCUCAGUAAGAUUGCCAGAAAAGGCUCUGGCUCGGCGUGCAGAUCGCUGUUUGGGGGCUAUGUAGCCUGGGAAAUGGGGGAGUUGGAGAACGGUGAGGACUCCAAGGCUGUGGAGGUUGCUCCGCUGAGCCAUUGGCCAGAUAUGAAGGCGUGUAUUCUGGUUGUAUCAGACGAUAAGAAGGACGUUCCAAGUACAAGCGGUAUGCAACUGACCGUCAAGACCUCACCAUUGUUCCAACACCGCAUUGAAAAGGUUGUUCCGCAGAGAUUUGAAGAAAUGAAAAAAUCCAUCGUGGAGAAGAACUUCCCAUUGUUUGCGGAGCUGACCAUGAAAGACUCCAAUUCGUUCCAUGCGACAUGUCUGGACUCGUACCCUCCAAUCUUCUACUUGAACGAUACGUCCAAAAGAAUCAUCAAGCUCAUCAAUUUGCUGAAUGACUCAGUCGGAGAAAUAAUCGCAGCUUACACGUACGACGCCGGCCCUAAUGCCGUCAUCUAUUAUGAGCAAAAAAACGAGUCGAGAGUUCUUGGGCUACUCCAUGCUGUGUUCAAGUCUGUUGAUGGAUGGCAAAAAAUUGACGUCAAAUCCCUGACUCCUCCAUCCAUUGAGCUGGAUCCCACAUGGGGGUCGGGCGUUUCCAGAGUUAUUUUGACCGAAGUUGGUGCAGGCCCACAGGAUUCAGAUGAGGUGCUGAUCAAUGUGGAAACAGGGUUACCGAAAUAA